CUGCGGCCCUCGCGUGGCCGCCGGGUCCAGCCGUGUGCCCGCCGGGGUCGUGUCGGCUCCAGUCGGGCCGUUUCCAGUGGUGCGGCGGUGUGCUGCAGCCCGGCGGACGAUAUGGCGGACUCCGGGGUGGCGUUCACUUUCGACGAGCGGCGCGCGACCUCGCUGCGCCAGCUGCUGACCUGUGACCGGAGGACUGACCCGGGCGGUGACCCGAGGUCAGGUCACCUGACCACGGAGAUGCCCGGGGAACGUCGCCGCCUGCCCGACCACCUGCUCUAUCCGAUGAUGAACAUCAAGUCGGCGCGCACCACCUCUCGCACCCAGCUGAAGCAGCAGCUGAUGCGGCAGCAGGCCGAGGAGCAGGAGGCCCGAGAGCGGCAGCGGCACCUGCUGGAGCUGCAGCGACAGCAGCAGCAGUCGCAGCCGCUGCCCACGCCGCAGACCGCCGCGCCGCCGCGCCUCCACAGCGUCGAUGUGCCCAACAAGGUGCUUCAGGUGGAGACGCGGCUGCAGCACCCGACGCCGUACCACAUGCUGCAGAACCAGAAGCGCCAGGUGCGGGAGUACCUGUCUAACUCCGGGGAGCCGUCGCCGACGGAGCCGGCGCAGAUAAUGUCUCCUCCGUCCAACCAGACGAGCACCACCUCCGAGGCGACGGAGGUGGAUGAGCUGCUGGACAAUAUUCUCAGUCUUCAGAGCGAUCAUGCAGAUUCCACCGGCAACACGCCGUCCAGUCUCCAGGAGCGCUCUGUGGCCGGGCCGCGUGGGGUGCUGCUCAAGGACCCCGCUUCGUGUCCGGACGGCGCCGACCCCUACAGCGACGAGAUCCUCAGCUCCGACCAGGCCUUCCAGUCCUUCUUCAAGGACAGACAGAAAAAAGACAACCACAAUAUGAUCGAACGAAGAAGACGAUUUAAUAUAAACGACCGAAUCAAAGAGCUGGGGACGCUGCUGCCCAAAUCGAGUGACCUGUACCACGACAUAUCACGGGACUGCCGCCAGAACAAGGGCUCCAUCCUGAAGGCCUCAGUCGAGUACAUCCGGAGAUUAAAACAGGACCUGGAACGAGCCAAGGAGCUGGAGGCGCGACAGAAGCAGAUGGAGCAGGCUAACCGGCGGCUCCUGCUGCGGAUACAGGAGCUGGAGCUGCAGGCCAAGGCUCACGGUCUGCCGCUACAGGACGAGCUCUGGAAGUCACUGCCCGAGGACACCAACACCACCGCCUCCGCCGCCGCUGCUGCUGCCUGUCCGCUGACGGGCGCGCGGCCGGUGUCACCGGCGACCGCGCCGCCCCCGCCCCCGCCCCCGCCGCCGCCUCCGCCGCCGCCGCCCGAGCCGGCCGCCCCGGUGGCGACCAGCCAGCCGCAGCAGCCGGGAGCCAUCCAGCAGUCACCGGCGCUUCGGGUCAAACAGGAGCCGCCGAGUCAGGAGCCGCUGGACAUGGCACCCGGUGCCGACGAUCUGUUCGGGGACACCUCCAUGUUCGACAGCCUCAUGGAGGGCGACGACGUGCUCGACCCCAUGUUCUCCUCGUACAACGGCUCGCUGACGCUGGCGCCCGAGCUGUGCCCCGGUGUCGACGAGCACGAUCCGAUGCUGGCGGCGCUGCUGGCGCUCGAUGAUACGCUCAGCGGCGGCGACAUCAACAUGGUGUAGCUGCCGACGGUGACGCGCGUCUCCGCGGAAAGCGAGCCGUGGUCAGGACGCGAGCCGCUGUUUUCAGGAGUGAGUCCGAGGGCGGGGAGAGUUGUAAAUUAUGAACAGGUGCCCGAGAGGAGGAGCUGCUGCCUCGCCGGCGCGUGUUGAGAUUCGGAACGUAUGGUUGCGUUCGUCGCCAGUAGGUGGCACUGACUCGUCGCCCGUUUGGUUGGAUUGUCGUUAAGAUGUGUCGUAUUGAUGUAGAGAGGCUCAGUUUGGGACGACGGGUGUGUAGAAUGCUCGUGUGCGCGUGCCGAAGCGACUGUGGUCAUUUAACGUUUUCUAUGUGUCAUCAAAGUUGGUGUGAAUCGCGUUUGCAUUGUUGCAUAGAUUUCAGACGAAAUAUUUUAAUAGCCUUAAGCGUUUGCUAUUGGUACCUGUAAACUUCGUGCCAUUAACGACAGCCGGACUGCCCCGUUCGGCAGUGAGGGGAGAUGUCGUGUGUACAGAGUGAAGGAGGCGGAGAGAGAGUAGUGGGGCUGCGGCGCUGCGCCCGCGGCUCAAGUCGCCUACAUUCCGGAGCUGCGCGGCGUGGUUCGCCCCGCGGCCGCAGCGCGGCGCUGCCGUCGGCCCCACCCUUGUUCUGCGGCUCAGAGCGUCCGUUGUGAGCCUGCGACCUCUGCUGUCUGGGCGCCGGUGCCGUAUGUGUCUCGCCGUGCCGCCAGCUCCCCAGUCGUUGAGCAUAGUCUUCCCAGUAGUUUUCGCUGCCUGUCGCGCCGGUGCGGUGUCAGCCUGCGCUGCAGACUGACUCGUUAAUGCCGUGGUGGCCCGGUAGGCGGCGCUGCGAUCGUGUGACGCCCAGCGCCACCUGCCGACUGUCGCACCCUCCGUCUGCACCGUUCACCCUGUCUCCGCGCUGUCGUCUCGUGCGCCGCCCGUGCCUCUGCUCCGCCGCUGUCUGUCCUCUGGUGUUCUCCGUGUCCGGUGUGCUCCCUAUCACAGCCCCUGUGCUCUGUCACAGCUCCCUGUGCUCUGUGAGAGCAUCCUGUGCUCCCUAUCACAGCUUAUGUGCUCUGUGACAGCCCCUGUGCUCUGUCACAGCUCCUUGUGCUCGCUGUCACAGCUCCCUGUGCUCUGUGAGAACCUCCUGUGCGCUGUCGCAGCCCUCUGUACCCUGUCAGCGUCCACCGCCGCCUAUCCCGAACCUCGCCGGCCAACCGGCCCUGUCUCCUGUCCGCCCCGUGUCCACUGUCAACUCACCGCCGCGUUUCGGCUGACGCGGGCCACCAGUGGCCUUUCUGUGUGUUCAGGCCGCGGACGGUGGCGUCGCGGCGUCGGUGAACUCUGCAAUAUCAGGAGUCGAGUGGGGAGGGAGGGAGAAUGAGAGAAAUACCAUCAUGUGUACCGAC